UGGGGGGGACCCGGCCGAAGCCGAAGCCAGCGCCGCGGAGAUGGGGAACGCGGCCACCGCCAAGAAGGGCAACGAGCUGGAGAGCGUGAAAGAGUUUCUAGCUAAAGCCAAAGAAGAAUUCCUCAAGAAAUGGGAAAGUCCACCUCAGCAGAGUACAGUCCAGCUGGAUCACUUUGAAAGAAUCAAGACUCUAGGCACUGGCUCCUUUGGUCGAGUGAUACUUGUGAAGCACAAGGAAUCUGGGAAGUACUUUGCCAUGAAAGUCCUUGAUAAACAGAAGGUGGUGAAGCUGAAACAAAUUGAGCACACCAUGAAUGAGAAGCGCAUCCUGCAGGCCAUCAACUUCCCAUUCCUCGUCCUACUAGAAUAUUCCUUCAAGGACAACACAAACCUGUACAUGGUGAUGGAGUAUGUCCCAGGUGGGGAAAUGUUCUCCCACCUACGGCGGAUCGGAAGGUUCAGUGAGCCCCAUGCUCGCUUUUACGCAGCUCAGAUUGUCCUGACCUUUGAAUACCUUCACUCACUGGACCUGAUCUACCGAGACCUGAAGCCUGAGAAUCUUCUCAUUGACCAACAGGGCUAUAUCCAGGUGACAGAUUUUGGUUUUGCCAAGCGUGUGAAAGGCCGAACCUGGACCUUAUGUGGGACUCCUGAGUACCUGGCUCCUGAGAUCAUCCUUAGCAAGGGCUAUAACAAGGCUGUGGACUGGUGGGCCCUAGGCGUCCUGAUCUAUGAGAUGGCAGCAGGCUACCCCCCCUUCUUUGCUGACCAGCCCAUCCAGAUAUAUGAAAAGAUUGUCUCUGGGAAGGUUCGAUUCCCUUCUCACUUCAGCUCCGACCUAAAGGACCUGCUUCGGAACCUGCUCCAAGUGGACCUCACCAAGCGCUACGGGAACCUCAAGAAUGGUGUCAACGACAUCAAGAACCACAAAUGGUUCUCCACCACCGACUGGAUUGCCAUCUACCAGAGGAAGGUGGAAGCUCCUUUUAUACCAAAGUGCAAAGGCCCAGGUGACACAAGUAAUUUUGAUGAUUAUGAGGAGGAGGAGCUCCGGAUCUCCAUCAACGAGAAGUGCGUCAAGGAGUUUGCUGAGUUCUAAUGGUGGCCCUGGGUCCUGGUGGUUUUCUUUUGGGGAGCGUGGGGGUGGGAAGGGUGGAUUGAAGAGCCUGAGGGCCCCAGAGUUCCUUGCAUAUUAAUUUUUCCCUAGGGAGAUCUGAAAGCAGAGAUGUUUGCAGGAUGGGGAAACGGAGGUUCAGAUAUCAGAUGGUCCCCCCCCUUUCCCUCCCAUCCCUAACCCCCACUGGCUUUUUCCUCACUGUCUCACUCCAGCUGGUAGACCCCAUGGCUGGGUUCCCUCUGCUCUUUGCCUAACUCCUUACAAGUUUUAUAUCAGUUUUCCAGCCCAAACAGACCUGAACCUUCCCCCUCUAACACCACCAGAAAUCCUGUUUCUUUCCAGCCCAGCCCCCCACUCAGAGUGGGAUAAUAGUACCUAGAGCCAAGCCUUUGUUUUUGUAGCUUCUUAUUGACCCCCUUGGUGCUGGGAAGUUGGGGCAGGGGAGCCAGGGAUCCCAAAUUGGAAAACCUCCAAUUCCCAAAACUAGCACAGUUGCCCAUUAUUUGUCCUUUUCCUGACCUCUCCCUGGAACUUCAGAACCUUAUCUAGGGGUAAAAGGACAGACAAACCAGUUCCCCACAAGGAGAGACCCUGCCUGGGAAGAAGUUUUAGUAAAAUUUUCAUGGCUCCUUUAUAUUUAAAAUUUUUUAAAAAUAUUAUUUAAGUUAUAUUUGCCUUCUGUCCUAACUCCUUCCCACCUUUCCUAGUUGUCCCAAAUACAUUUUAAUGUGUCUGGACCUGCCUAGGUCAAAAGCUAUGGAGCUUUUAACCUCUGGGAUCUUAGCCGAUGGUUUUGAGAUGGGUCUGUGACUUGGGGAUGGGGAUUUUUUGCUGCUGAUCUCAACCAGGGAGUUGUGGGAACAAUUGUGAGAUCCCCUUGAGGGGUAUCCUGCCAAGUUUGAAAGAGCCCUGGCCUCUUUCAGCACCCCCCCCAACUCCCAGUUGGUCUCCCUUCCUCAUGAUCAGCUCUCUUUACCCCCACAUCAUCUCUGCUCCCCAGUUUUUGCUCACUUGGGGCACUAGAAAAAAAAUUUCCCAACCCACCCAGGCAGCCUGGCUCGUGAUCCCUGCCAAAGAGGCUUCCCAGAUACCCCUGGGUCACACCUCCUUCAUUUUAGCCAUUCAUACCUAUAGAUUUUUAAUACACAGCCACUAAUUUCCUAUUCUGUCUGGGAGUGUCACUCCCUAAAAGCAAGUUGAAGGAUGUAGCCCACCCUGGGAGGGGGACUGGGAGAAAGGAAACAGGAAGUACCACAGCUUCAAGGUAGAGAGCUUCCUUUUGCCAUGGGAAUGCCAAUUUUUAUUCACCUGAUAGCCUCACCACCAUCCCCCAUCCCUGGAAGCACCCUCCAUCUGGCUUGUCUGACAGCUACCCACUGACCCCUUGUGAGGCAUCUGAAUUAUAACCCCCCCCCAAGUAGCUGGGGGUAGAGUAGCCCACUUCUCUCCACCCCCUUUCUCUUUUUUUGUCCCUCUCUCAAUUUUCCUCCAUCCCUGAAGGAGUUCAUAGGCCUGGGGUAGGGGUGAGGGUGGGGGGUACCUGGGAGUUUCAACCUGUGUGAUUCGAAGAAAUUUGUUUCACGGAAAUGACUUCCUCUUUAACGGUGUGCUUUGUUGUAAACAUAUUUGAAAACUAUUACCAAUAAAGUUUUGU